CCUUUAUUUCAAAACCUGUCUGCUUAUAAUUGUGGCAUUUUUGUUAGGACCGAAGAACCAUGCGGACGGUGUUGGUAAUAACUCUCUGCGUGGGCCUGGCUCUUGCUGGAGAAAGCAAGACCCGAGAGGCGUUGAAGUCGAAAAGAGGGGAGCGACGUCAAGUAGCCGGAUGUCAGUACAAGGGUACCACGUAUCAGACCGGUCAGACCUGGCAAGAUGGAUGUCUCUACAACUGUAUCUGUGAAGACGGCAGUACCGGCCGCUACAAAUGUACUGAUUUUUGCCCGUCGUACACCAACAUCCCCCCUCAGUGCCAGCUGGUCACGAAGCCAGGUGAAUGUUGUGGUGCGCCUCAAUGUAACUUCCAAGGAACAGCAGGUGGCAUAUCUGGGUCCGGAACUGGCAUGACUUCUGGAGGUGGAACCAUGACUGGAGGCGGAACCAUGACUGGUGGCGGAACCGUGUCUGGAAGCGGAACAUCGUCUGGCACUAGCGGUGCAACGAUCCUAUAUUCAGGUUCGGCCACGUGUCAUGGUGAUACCAUCGCCAACUGCGCCGACUACGGGAAGUCCGUGUGUGGGGAUACUAACUACGCCCAAUGGGUCGCCGACCACUGCUGUGCCUACUGCGGAGUAGGUGGCGGUGAUGGAAGCAUGACUCAUACUGAACACCCCAACUCAGGUUGCCAGGACGUCCGACCGAACUGCGCCGAUUACACAAUCGCCGUUUGCACAAAUCCCGCGUACAACGACUGGGUGCAAAGCAACUGUGCACACUUCUGCAACAAGUGCGGUGGAUCCAUGACUGGAACAGGUGGAACUAUGACUGGAACAGGUGGAACUAUGACUGGUACUGGCGGAACAAUCACAGGUGGUGGAACUGGUACAGGCGGAACAAUCACAGGUGGUGGAACCAUGACUGGUACUGGCGGAACAAUCACAGGUGGCAGUGUGAUUAUAGGAGGCACUUGCCAGGACAAGAUUCCCAACUGCGCCUCAUAUGCAGCCGAUGUGUGCACGAGUGCCAGUUACAAAGUGUGGGCCACAGAAAACUGCGCUAGUUACUGUCACCUUUGCGGUGGAUCCAUGACUGUAACAGGUGGAACUAUGACUGGUACUAACGGAACAAUCACAGGUGGUGGAACCAUGACUGGUACUGGCGGAACAAUCACAGGUGGUGGAACCAUGACUGGCACUGGCGGAACAAUCACAGGUGGUGGAACCAUGACUGGAGGAGGCACUUGCCAGGACAAGAUUCCCACCUGCGCCUCAUACGCAGCCGAUGUGUGCACGAGUUCCAGUUACACACAGUGGGCCACAGAAAACUGCGCUAGUCACUGUCACCUUUGCGGUGGAUCAAUGACUGGAACAGGCGGAACUGGGACUGGAUCUGGCGGAACAAUGACUGGUACUGGCGGAACAAUCACAGGUGGUGGAACCAUGACUGGUACUGGCGGAACAAUCACAGGUGGUGGAACCAUGAAUGGAGUCUGUGCUGACGUUGCGACUAAUUGUGCUCAGCUCGAUGCCACUGACCACAUAUGCUCUAAUAGCGCUACUCAGAUCUAUGCCCAACUGACCUGUGCUCAUACUUGCAAUAUGUGCACUAGCAGUAUAGCUACCUGCUACGACAAAAUGCCCAACUGCGCCAACUAUGGACCUAGUGUCUGCUCUGAUGUGAAAUUCACAGAUUGGGUUUUGAACAACUGCCCUGACUUCUGUCACAAAUGCUCCUCUGGAACAAUGACUGGAACUGGUGGAACUGGUGGAAUCAUGACUGGAACUGGUGGAACUGGUGGAACCAUGACAGGAACUGGCGGAACUGGUGGAACCAUGACCGGAACUGGAACGAUAACCGGAACAGGCACUGGAACAGGGGGAGGUAUGACCGGUGGCUACGUUGCAUCUUGCGGCGGCGCCUGCCAGGACACGAUCAACAACUGCAAUACAUACGCUGCCGAUGUGUGCACGAGUAACGAUUUCAGGCAGUGGGCUAUAGAGCACUGCGCGUGUCACUGUCACCUUUGCGGUUCUGGGGGAACCAUGACUGGAUCUGGUGGAACCAUGACUGGAACUGGUGGAACCGGGACUGGAACAGGUGGAACCAUGACAGGAACUGGUGGAACCGGGACUGGAACUGGUGGAACCAUGACAGGAACUGGUGGAACCGGGACUGGAUCUGGUGGAACCAUGACAGGAACUGGUGGAACUGGAGGAACUGGAAGUGGGACGAUUACUGGAACAGGUACUGGGGAUGGUGGCAAUGGAACAAUGGGAAGCGGAACCUGCUAUGACAAGCUCUCUAACUGCGCCACCUACGCUGCAGAUGUGUGCACGAUUUACACACAGUGGGCCAAGGAAAACUGCGCCUAUCACUGUCACCUUUGCGGUGGAUCAAUGACUGGAACAGGCGGAACUGGGACUGGGUCUGGCGGAACAAUGACUGGUACUGGUGGAACAAUCACAGGUGGUGGAACCAUGACUGGUACUGGCGGAACAAUCACAGGUGGUGGAACCAUGACUACUACUGGCGGAACAGUCACAGCUACCUGCUACGACAAAAUGCCCACCUGCGCAGACUAUGGACCUAGUGUCUGCUCUGAUGUGAAAUUCACAGAUUGGGUUUUGACCAACUGCCCUGCCUUCUGUCACAAAUGCUCUUCUGGAACAAUGACUGGAACUGGUGGAACUGGUGGAACCAUGACAGGAACUGGCGGAACUGGUGGAACCAUGACUGGAACUGGAACGAUAACCGGAACAGGCACUGGAACAGGGGGAGACGGUGGAACAAUAGGUGGCUACGUUUCUACUUGCGGCGGCGCCUGCCAUGACACGAUCAAUAACUGCGAUACAUACGCUGCCGAUGUGUGCACUAGUAGCGAUUUCAGGCAGUGGGCUAUAGAGCACUGCGCGUGUCACUGUCACCUUUGCGGUACUGGGGGAACCAUGACUGGAUCUGGUGGAACCAUGACUGGAACUGGUGGAACCGGGACUGGAACUGGUGGAACCAUGACAGGAACUGGUGGAACCGGGACUGGAACUGGUGGAACCAUGACUGGAACUGGUGGAACCGGGACUGGAACUGGUGGAACCAUGACAGGAACUGGUGGAACUGGAGGAACUGGAAGUGGGACAAUUACUGGAACAGGUACUGGGGAUGGUGGCAGUGGAAUAAUGGAAAGCGGAACCUGCUAUGACAAGCUGUCUACCUGCGCCACCUACGCUGCAGAUGUGUGCACGAUUUACACACAGUGGGCCAAGGAAAACUGCGCCUAUCACUGUCACCUUUGCGCUUCUGGAACCAUGACCGGAACUGGCGGAACCAUGACCGGAACAGGGACUGGAACAGGAGGAGGCAUGACCGGCGGCAAUGGAACAAUUGUAUGCAUCGGAACCUGCAUGGACAAGAUCCCUAACUGCGCCGCAUACGCUGCCGAUGUAUGCACAAGACCUGAUUUCAAAGCGUGGGCCACAGAGAACUGCGGUUGUCACUGUCACCUUUGCUCUUCUGGAACUGGUGGAACCAUGACAGGAACUGGUGGAACCAUGACUGGAACUGGAGGAACGAUAAUCGGAACAGGCACUGGAACAGGGAGUGGAAUGACCGGUCAAUUAUCCGGUUGUGUUUACAACGGCCAGGCGUAUACGCAAGGACAGACAUGGACGAGUGGCUGCAAGUUCAGCUGUCAAUGCGUAGAUGCGUCCUCUGGGAAAUACCAAUGCCAAGAGUUGUGCGUGACAUGGGCCUUACCUCCCCAGUGUACCCUGAAUCCACCAGCGGCUGGCAAGUGCUGCUCCACUCCAAACUGCCCUGCUGGCUUCAACAUCCAGUACCCGCCAGGAUACGUUGAAAACUAAUAGUAACAAAAUCUGAAUAAACAUCGAAACAAU